AUGGAGAACUCAACCAACACCCCGGGCACUCGAGUGCAAUACCAGGGCAAAGAAUACAAUGUGAUCAAAGAAGGAUUGGCACACAUUUUGAACCCUCCCGCUCAAGAGGCUGCCUCGAAGGGCACCAAGAAAGACCUCAAAGACAACGACGAGUCGCAGUCCGUCUUCUACAACCCUAUCCAGCAAUUCAACCGAGACCUCAGUGUUCUUGCCAUUCGCGCUUUCGGUGAACACACAGUGGCUCUGAAGCAAAAGAAACACGAUCAGAAGAUCCAAAAGAGCCAGAAGAAUAAGAAGCAACAGGUAACCGUUGAGGCUGAAAAUGCCAAAAAGCGCAAGCUCGAGGAGGACGCGGAGGAACCACCUGCGCCUAAGCGAGUGGAAGGGGAGAAUGCAGGAAAUACAGAUACCACAACAGAACAAUCAGUCCCGCAAUCGGAGCUGAAACAGACACCGCCUAUGUUUAGUGUCUUGGAUGCACUCUCAGCGACAGGUCUACGUGCCCUGCGAUAUGCCUCAGAGCUUCCAAUGGUUACCAAGGUUGUUGCAAACGACUUGUCCUCUUCUGCAAUCGCUUCUAUGAAGACAAAUGUGGAAUACAACAAGCUCGAGGGCCGCAUCCAGCCUAACCUAGGCGAUGCCCGUGCGUACAUGUAUGGGGUUCCUCAGGUCGAAAAGUUCGACGUCAUCGACUUGGACCCCUAUGGUACUGCUGCCCCAUUCUUGGAUGCUGCUGUUCAGGGUGUAAAAGAUGGUGGUCUUCUAUGUGUUACCUGUACUGAUGCCAGUAUCUGGGCCUCAACUGGAUAUGCGGAGAAGUCGUUCGCUUUGUAUGGUGGUGUCCCUAUCAAGGGUCACUACUCGCACGAGGGAGGUCUGCGAUUGAUCCUCAACAGCUUGGCGAUGUCAGCUAGCAAGUAUGGUGCCGCUAUUGAGCCCUUACUCUCCCUUUCCAUCGACUUUUACGCUCGUGUCUUUGUACGAGUGCACCGCUCCCCUGCCCAGGUCAAGUUCCUUGCUUCCAACUCCAUGCUCGUUUACAACUGUGAUGCUGGCUGUGCUUCUUGGUCAACUCAGCCCUUGGCUGCAUUGAAGAACAGACAGGAUCGAAAGGGUAACCCCGUGUAUCAUUUUGGACUAGCACAGGGCCCUAUGUCUUCCUCCCACUGUGAGCACUGUGGCUUCAAGACACAUAUUGCAGGUCCUAUGUGGGCUGGACCAUUGCACAACCCUCAUUUCAUUCAAAAGAUCCUUGCCCUUCUUCCUACACUUGAUAGCAACACUUAUCAGACCAUCCCUCGAAUUGAGGGUAUGCUGACCACUGCUCUGGAAGAAGACCUGGAACUCACUCCUUCCACUUCCUCGCCUACUCCCGAGACCUCAGAGACAAACGUCGAAGCCUCUGAAUACCCGGCCAUUAUUCCACGCCAGGACCCAGCUCUUAAAGAACCUUACCCCUUCUACUUGAAUCUCAGCGUCCUUUCUAAAACCCUACAUUGCGCCACUGUUCCCUUGGAUGAAUUCCGCGGCGCCCUUCAUUCUAUUGGCUACCGCUCAACCCGUAGCCACGCGAAACCAAACAGUCUCCGCACCGAUGCACCCUUCAUGGUUGUCUGGGAAAUCAUGCGCGAAUGGAUCCGUCAAGAAAGUCCUGUCAAAGAAGGAUCCCUUAAAGUCGGAACCCCUGGCGCGGCUAUCAUGGCUAAGAACCGCGAGAACCUCCGCAAGCUGGAUGACAAAGACCAGUGGUUAUCCUCGCUAAAGAAAGAUCUUCUUGAAGCUGUUGAAUCCGGUCGUGACAUCUCCGAUCUGGUUACAAAGGUUGAGGCUUCUCUGUACAGAUCUGGUUCGAGGCAAGCGUGGAAACCAGCGGAAUCGGCCUCUGGAUCGACAGCUGAAUCCAAUGAGCAGACUAUCACAAAGGAUAAGAAUGCUCAUCCAAGUUCCCUGGUUAUCAAGUUUGACCCUGCUCUAGGUCGUCAGGCUUCUGCGGCGCACUCGAAGAAGAGGCUUGUGCGGUACCAGAUUAAUCCUCGGGCGAACUGGGGUCCAUUGAACCGUGCUACUGUGACACAGUCAUAA